GGCACCAUGGCAUUCUCAACUUUCCACUAUCCUAUAGACUACCGAUAAUGGCAAAAAGUAAUAAACAAAAUAAAGUAGCACAGCUCACGUUAUUCUUUCCCUUCUGCAUCUGCUAUUCCUCUGCUUCUCCAUUCCCAUUUUCAUUUCCAUUCUCUCUCUCUCCUUCCUUCUCUGCACUCUUGGCGUCCAAUGGCCACUCUUGAAGACAUAGGGGUCUCGGCUUCCAUCAACAUACUUGGUGCAUUUGCCUUCUUGCUGGCCUUUGCUCUCCUCAGGAUUCAGCCCAUCAACGACAGGGUCUAUUUCCCUAAAUGGUACAUCUGUGGAGGAAGAGCCAGCCCAAGGCGCUCUGCGAAUUUUGUGGGCAAGUUGGUCAAUCUCAAUUUUUGGACUUACCUCACUUUCCUGAACUGGAUGCCUCAGGCUCUGAGGAUGAGUGAAGCUGAGAUCAUUCAGCAUGCCGGUCUUGACUCUGCUGUUUUCCUCAGAAUUUACACUCUCGGAUUAAAAAUUUUCUUACCAGUGACUGUUCUGGCGCUCCUUAUUCUUGUUCCAGUCAAUGUAUCUAGUGGAACAUUAUUUUUUCUGAGGAAAGAACUGGUUGUGAGCGAUAUUGAUAAGCUUUCAAUAUCUAAUGUCCGUCCUGAAUCAACAAGGUUUUUUUUCCACAUAGGGAUGGAGUAUCUGUUCACGAUGUGGAUUUGUUACAUGCUCUACAAGGAAUAUCAUAAUGUAGCAUUAAUGAGGUUGCAUUUCUUGGCUUCACAGCACAGGCGUGUGGAACAGUUCACUGUGGUGGUUAGGAAUGUGCCGCAUGUUUCUGGUCACUCAAUAUCAGAUACUGUAGACCACUUCUUUCAAACAAACCACCCGAACCAUUAUAUUGAUCACCAGGCUGUCUAUAAUGCAAACAAAUAUUCCAAACUUGUGAGAAAAAGAGAGAGGGUCCGAAAUUGGCUGGACUAUAACAAGCUUAAGUUUGAAAGACAUCCAGACAGGAGGAGACCGACUACAAAGAUUGGAUUUCUUGGGCUCUGUGGUAAAAGAGUUGAUUCGAUUGAGUACUACGAACAACAGAUAAAGGAGAUUGAUAAAAGGAUUGCAUUAGAACGCCAGAGAAUUCUCAAGGACCCAAAAUCUAUUAUGCCAGUUGCUUUUGUUUCAUUUAAUUCACGUUGGGGUGCUGCAGUAUGUGCACAGACACAGCAAAGUAGGAAUCCCACACUUUGGCUCACAAAUUGGGCUCCAGAACCUCGUGAUGUGUACUGGCAGAAUUUGGCUAUUCCAUUUGUUUCUUUGAGCAUCCGGAAACUUAUAGUGUCACUAACGGUGUUCGCUUUGGUGUUCUUUUACAUGAUACCCAUUGCUUUUGUGCAAUCCCUUGCAAAUUUGGAGGGUCUUGAAAGGGUUGCUCCUUUCCUAAGGCCAGUGAUAGAAUUGAAAUUCAUCAAAUCAUUCCUACAGGGUUUCCUUCCUGGUCUAGCUCUUAAAAUCUUCUUGUAUAUUCUUCCUACAGUUAUGAUGAUUCUGUCAAAAAUUGAGGGAUAUAUAGCAUUAUCAACACUAGAACGAAGGUCGUCUGCCAAAUACUAUUAUUUUAUGUUGGUGAAUGUGUUCCUGGGGAGUAUAGUGACAGGAACAGCUUUCGAGCAACUUCAUUCAUUCCUUCACCAGUCACCUACUCAGAUCCCUAGAACCAUUGGGGUGUCAAUACCGAUGAAGGCUACUUUCUUUAUUACAUAUAUAAUGGUUGAUGGAUGGGCCGGCAUUGCUAGUGAGAUUCUUCGAUUAAAGCCUUUGGUCAUAUUUCAUCUUAAGAACAUGUUCUUGGUGAAAACUGAAAGAGAUAGAGAGCAUGCAAUGAACCCUGGGAGUGUGGAUUUCCCAGAGACUAUCCCAAGUCUCCAAUUGUACUUCCUUCUAGGGAUUGUGUAUGCUGUGGUUACUCCAAUCCUUCUUCCUUUUAUACUUGUCUUCUUUGCCUUUGCGUACUUUAUUUACCGGCAUCAGGUCAUAAAUGUGUACAAUCAACAAUACGAGAGUGGUGCUGCAUUCUGGCCACAUGUUCACAGCCGCAUAAUAGCAAGCUUACUAAUAUCUCAACUUCUUUUGAUGGGUCUGCUCAGCACAAAAAAAGCUGCUAAUUCCACUCCAUUGCUGAUUGCUUUACCCAUAUUAACAUUAACAUUCCACAAGUAUUGCAAGAAUCGAUUUGAACCUGCAUUUAGAAAGUAUCCUCUAGAGGAAGCCAUGGCAAAGGACACAAUGGAACGGACUACAGAACCCAACCUCAACAUAAAAGCCUACUUGGCUGAUGCAUACCUGCACCCAAUUUUCCAAUCUUUUAAGGAAGAGGAGUUGGUUGAAGUUAGGGUAGACAAAAAUCAAACUCACAUCCCCAGUCCUUCAGAAAGCGUGGUCAGUUCCCCAUCCCCGCCUCAUUAUGCCUAUCAUUAUGAAGUCCAGCCUCCACCUCAUUAUGUACAUCAUUAUCAUGAAGCUGAGCCCUGAAUUAAUUAAUAUUGGUAUAGAGUUGCUUAUAGAAAACACUAAUCAGUUUUUCCUGUUAUUUGACUUUUUAACUGGUGAGAUUAUUUCCCUUGUGUAAUUGUAAUUUCCAGUGUGCAUA